AUCUGUGCGUCAUUACGUAACGGCGCUCGUUGACGAGUUUCAACAUGGCGAAGUGCAUCAAGUCCACUUCUAACAACUAAACAAUAGUAGAAUAGUAUGGCUGGAGUUGACGAGGCAGUUCUCAUCGGACUGUGUGAUGGGGCAAUCGAUUCAAAGCGAUAUCCGAUGUCUUACUUGACGAACAAAAUUGGCGACCAACCGGACAAGCUUCCAGUGAUAUCAUGGCAACAUCCACGCUGUGGUCUAUGCAGCGCGGUCAUGGCCCAUGUGGUGCAGGUGUACUGCCCCCUAGCGGCGUCUCCUUAUCACCGCACCCUGAAUGUGUUCGCCUGCCCCGGGCCACAGUGCAGCGGACAACCAGAGAGCUGGAGGGUUCUGCGUUCUCAGUGUCUGGAAUCAGAGGUCAGAACCAACCCUGUUGUCCAACCUCCAGGCCACGCCGCAGUUAAAGAGGUUCCCAUGACAACCACAUACUGGUGUGAUGGGACUGAUGACUGGGGUGAGGAAGAGGACAAGCAGGAGGGGGGAGAUGGAUGGGACAAGACCCAGAACCAAGCUCAUAUUGGGGGAGAGGACUCUGAGAUCAUCUUACUCACCGGGACCUCCUCUGAGCUGGAUGUGAGUGGCAAGCUUCAGGGUCUCCGUUUGGAAGGAGGAGAAAAGGUGUUGGAGGAGGAAGGGGAGGUCCCGGGUAACAUCCCUACCUACAGACCUUUCUACAUCAGUGUGGUGGAUGAGACUGACCUGGGUGGUCAGUCAGACCUGGAGCACGCUGAGACUCUGCUGAGGGAGUACGAGCAGAGAGAGGGAGUCGGGAAGAUCGGGAGCUCUGAGGGGGGAGGAGGGGAGGAGAGGUACGAGAAGGACAACCCCAGACAUGGAGACGCAGUGUUCUCUCGCUUCAUGAAGAGGAUCUCUGUGUGUCCGGAGCAGGUGUUACGGUACAGCUGGCACGGGUCUCCUCUCUUCUUGUCUGACCCCUCCUCGGACCCGCCUUGGAUUAAACCCGGCUGUUGUCACUGUGGAGGAAUCCGGGUGUUUGAGUUCCAGCUGAUGCCUGCUCUGGUCAGCCUGCUACAGAGGACAGACACUGGGUCAAGGUCGGCGGUAGAGAUGGGCGAUGUAGAGAUGAAUACGGGGCUGGAGUUUGGUACUGUGAUGGUGUUUACUUGUAGAAACAGCUGUUGGUCAUCAGGUUCAACCUCGCCUGUGGAAGAGGUCAUCUAUCUACAAGCAGAUCCAGACCAGAAUCUCUUCAAAUAACACACGUUUUACAUACACAGUUUUUUUUAUGCGAGUAAAGUGAUCAUUUUUUUCCCCGUUAAGACAUGGUGGGAUGUUUUUGUGUCAAAUUAAAUAUGCUAGAAAUACCUUUUUUUUUUUAUGCUCAAAUAUUGGUAUAAUAACGAAGUAAAGUUAGGAGUCGUGAUGAUAUGGUGUGUGGGUCCUCCGAACCACGACGUAAAGUUAGGAGUCGUGAUGAUAUGGUGUGUGGGUCCUCCGAACCACGACGUGGGGAAAGCAUUUAUUGGGCUACAGAUGAAAUAAAUUAUGGGGAGGGUGAAAGUACACACAGCGAUGAACUUGAUGCUCCUUUCCAAUAAAUAUCAAGGGUCUGAUUCUGAUGACAUGAUGAUUAAUGUUUAAAUAGCCCUUCUACACCUGCAUUGCUUGCUGUUUGGGGUUUUAGGAUGGGACAAGACCCAGAACCAAGCUGAUAUGGGGGGGGGGUGGAUGGGACAAGACCCAGAACCAAGCUGAUAUGGGGGGGGGGUGGAUGGGACAAGACCCAGAACCAAGCUGAUAUGGG